GCUGUACUGUGCUGUUUGUGGUUUGUGCAUAACAAAUGAUUGCGUUGUGUCUUGAAAAACCUGCUUCUGUCUUCUUGUCUAUGGAUUAAAAAAUAGACUAUUUUAGGUUGGUUAUUGAGAGGAAGAAUGGAUAGUGGAUUCCAGUGAGGUGAAAGAUUAGCUAGCAUAAUAAGUCUACCUACUAAUAUUAAACAGGUCAUCGGAGAAGUUGUGGAUGAAAAACCAAAGGCAGUAUCCAGAUCCGGAGAGCGUGCAAGGAAUAGCAGAAAUCGCCCUGUUGAAAUUGAAGUCUUUGAUCUACCCACAUUUUGUAUUAUCUAGCCGGACAGAUGGUGGAGUGCAUGCCCUAAAUACAUCUGCCCACUUCGAUCUUGAAAAGUAUGGGUCAAAUAUAUAUCACCCGGAUGCUAUAACAUUUCAAAUGAACAAAUUUUUCUACAAAAAUAACAUCAGCAUAUAUAUUAAAAAAUGUUUAAGAGUUGCUGAUGACUUUGAUGCGAGGCGCUGGGCUUUAGCUAGGAAAUACUUGUACAGGUUUGCAGUACUAAAGAAAGAUCUACCCGAGCACCAACACAUGUCAACUGUUAUCCCCAUAGAAGAAUGGAAAAGAUGUCAUUUUAUGAGGCUACCAAAUUUUGACAUUGAAAGAUUCAAAGAAGGUGCCAAAUACUUCCCUGGCUAUCACGACUUCUCAACGUUCAAGAAGUUCGACAAGCUCAAUCAGCACAAACACAACCGGCGCCUCCUGUACUCCUUCGACGUGAGGCCGGGCACCAGCCGGAGAGUGGCACAGUGUGGGGGUGAAGAACACUUUGAUUACUGGGAAGUUGAAAUCAGGGGACGUGCUUUUGUUCAUAACCAAAUUCGGCGGAUGAUAGGCACGUUGAUGAGUGUUGGCAUUGGAAAAAUUCCUCCAGAGGAAGUGAAGGUGAUGCUGCAGGUGCCUUCCAAGCACUCCUGGCACACUUUCACACAAAACUGUCCUCCCGAUGGCUUGUAUCUUUGUGACGUGGAAUAUAACCCUGAGGACCUAAUAUAUAAGACAAAACUUGAAGGCGCAACAAAUUUGCAGAGUGAUAUAGAAAGUGACAGUGAAUAAAGAUGAGUUUUCUUGAAAAGCUGAAGAAACAGAAGCAAAAAUUGAAAGAGACAGAAACAGUAGUGACCAGUGUAGACGGACAAAGACGUGUGGAGAAAGGAGAUGCUAAAACGAUUUCUAGUCUAACUCCAUGUCAUGGGUUUGUGGUUGAUACAAAACCUGACAAUAUUCCCAUAGAGAUUGUAGAUCAUUUGUUCAUAGGCUCGCAAGAUUGUACAGAUAAUAGUGUGUUGGAAGCAAACAAUAUAAGACAUGUGCUUAGUUUAGGAAUAAAUGUAGAUAUAGACAUUAAUCAUAAGUUUGUUGAAUGCUUAGAUCUUCCGGAAACGGAUGUGACAUCAAUUUUGAAGGAAUGCCUGCCAUUUGUUCACGAUGGCGUUAGAAAAAAGGAAAAUGUCUUGGUUCAUUGCAACGCGGGGGUGUCGAGGACCUCCCUGGUAGCGAUAGCGUAUUUGAUGCACUACCACAAUAUGGAGUUUGAGGAUGCGCACGCAGUCGUUAAAGAGAAACGACCGGCCAUACAACCUAACGCGGGAUUCAGAAAGCAAUUGAUGAAUUUCAAACCUGGAAACAUUAUUAAGUAAGGAGUCCACCUUAACAGUGUUUGGGCCUGACUGUGGAUAUUUCAAUGAUGAUAACUGGUGGACUGGGGAACAGUUUUAAUUCCUCAGAAUGAAGUAAAAUACGAAGGAAUAAAAACUAGAUACCAUACCAUAUUACGCACCAUAUUCCAUACCCAAUAUGACUUCAGGCCAAGGGAAAUAUAAUAAUUACCUAUUUAAAAUACAUCGCAAUAAAUUUGUCAGGCCAAUCUUCGCGGACAUCGCGCAGUACUAUAUUUAUCGCGAACAAUUGAUGUGAAGGCUGAAGGUGGGCAAGCGGGUUUUAAAAAGUUUUUUUUUAUUGUACCAGUUUUAAAUAAAACCAAAAUGUUCAUGAA